GUAAGCAUCCCUGAGUCACUAAGCAUCAUUAACACACUGCUCGGAAGAUGCCUGGGAGGCCUCCAGGAGCUGCGCGGUGACCUCAGCUUCUGACAAGGAUGUUCAGCCCUCUGUGGUGGACAGUGGCACCUGACUAAACAGAAGCAUGGUUUGAGGAAGCAAAACAAGCCCAGAGCCGGAUGAUGCCAAACGUCCUGCACUAACAGUUCUCUGGAAGAAAACUUGUCUUUGCAUGUACCCUGUGGCUUACCUUUAAAGGUGCAUCUUCCUGACAAAAUGGCUUGCUUGAAGAUAAGGUAUCUAUAUAUUUUCCUUCUGGUUCUCGGGGCCGUGUGCUUAUAUUUCAGCAUGAACAAUUUGAUUCUUUUUAAAGAAGAACCAUUUGUUUUCAAGAAAGAGAGUGGGGUCUUCCUCCAGCUCCCGGAAAUAGACUGCAGGCAGAACCCUCCCUUCCUUGUCCUGCUGGUGACUUCCUCCCACAGACAGGCGCCCGCUCGCAUGGCCAUCAGGCAGACGUGGGGGAGAGCAAACGUCGUGGAAGGAAGACAGAUAAAGACCUUCUUCCUCCUGGGAGCCACAGCCACACAGCGCGACAUGACAGCAGUGUCUCAGGAAGGCCAGCGACAUGGAGACAUUAUCCAGAAGGACUUUGUGGACGUCUAUGCCAAUUUGACCCUGAAGACCAUGAUGGGCAUGGAGUGGGUCCACCACUUCUGCCCUCAGGCUGCCUUUGUGAUGAAGACAGACUCGGACAUGUUUGUGAACGUCUACUACCUGACCCAACUACUUCUAAAGAAAAACCGAACAACUAGGUUUUUCACUGGCUUUUUUAUAAUGAAUGGCUUUCCAAUUAGGGGUCAGUUCAGUAAGUGGUUUGUCAGUAAAUAUGAGUACCCUUGGGACAGGUACCCGCCUUUUUGCUCUGGCACGGGCUAUGUGUUCUCUAGUGAUGUUGCCAGCCAGGUGUAUGAUGUUUCUGAGAGCGUCCCUUUCAUUAAACUAGAAGACGUGUUCGUGGGGCUCUGCCUGGCCAAGCUGAACAUCAACCUGGAGGAGCUUCACUCGGAGCAGACGUUUUUCCCUGAAGGGCUGCACUUUUCCACUUGUCGCUUUAAGAAAAUCGUGGCAUGCCAUUUUAUUAAGCCUCUAGAAAUGCUGACUUACUGGCAAGCUCUGCAAAAUUCCCCGGAAGAUGAAUGUCCAGUUGUUUGAGGCAAUUCUCAGGGUAAAUCUCAGGGCAGGGGGUCAGGCAGUGAGCCCUAAAAGGUCAGAGAAGCCAUAGUGAUCGCCGGGGAAAGCUGAAGGGCUGUCAUGGCAGUGCUGAGAGCUACCUGAGAGAGAGGUACCUGAGAGCAGAGGGAGGAGAGUGAGUCAAAGGAGGACCACAGCCCGCUGUGCUCCAAAUCCAGGCUAGAACAGAAGCGGAACUGUGUCCACUGACUGUCCCUUGCUGCCCCAAGCAACACCAAGCACUGGGGCUUACCAGAUGGCUCAGAGAGCCUAGUGAUUUGUCCCAAGGCUCUCCGCCAACAAAGAGUGGAGCUCGGAGGGAAAGCUUGAGCCUGUGACUGACACAGGCCUCCGGGCUCAGGCUCCAACUAUGGACUCUUAAAGGAUCUUCUGCUCCAUCCUCUGGGUCCUUGCCAAGAGCAUCUCUCUCUCUCUCUCUCAGCCCUUCCAAACCUGAUCCAGGCACAUUUUGUCUGGAUUUCUUCGAUGGUCAAGAAACAACUGAGGUUUGUACAGGUUUGCCGUGUAAUCCCCUUCUCACUGGCAGUUCACACGGGCCUGUUUUGCAGGGAGGGGGGCAUCAUCACUUGUGUGCCAGGGCUUUUGCCCACGCAGCCGCCGUCACACUACAUAUAAAGUCACCAUGCUGCUGACCACCAGAAUGGCGGUUUUGCUUUGCUUUACCUGACUUUACUAAACAUCCAAAGCAAAGGCCUCACAGGGCUGCACCGCUCCUAUAGGCUGGACUCAUGUCUCUGCUGCACUCAGGAAAAGACACUUGCUGCAAAGCCGGGAAGACAAUGUUCAACUGCAGAGUGAGGUCCGGCGCCCUCGUUGGCAUGGCGUCUCCCACCUCUUCGUCGCGCUGCCUCUGGGCAGGUGCAUGUGCAGGCGUUGUCCGGGAGAGCCUCCUCCUCAGGUGGCAGCUGCGGAGACCUCACCUUGGCUUUGGAAGCCAGCACCUUAUAAGAGCAGAGCCCCUUGCCUUCCUCUUCAUGCUGGGGGCCUCUGUGAAGCUAACGGUCUAUGGAGCGAGGAGGGAACUUGCCUGCAUGGGCCUGGGGUGUGAGCACUGUCCACCAUGUUGGAUGUGUAUCUGGGGGGCCACAGGUGAGGGGUUGGCCUGUGGAGGACCCAAGGAGAGGCACGGGUUCCAACCGUACACUCUGCUCUUAAGAGAGUUUUCAGCAAAACGCAUCUUCCCCUUGUCAGCGCCCCCCCCCCCCCCUCCCAGGCCUGCACACACACACACACACACACACACACACACACACACACACACACACACACAGAGCCUACAAUAGGUCUUAAUACAGUAAAGGCUUUUCUUCUUUAGGAAAAAUAAAGAGCUAUUUCAUGACUAUCCCAACUCAAAGGGCCCUUACUGUACAGUCAGUCCCAUCUCCCCUUUUACAUAGAUGAAAACAGAUCAGAGAGGCACAGAGCUUAAUUACCCCUAGUAGAAACUGGGUCCCAGAUUAGUCUGGGGUAGGACAUAGUCAAUCCUAGCCUGCACACAAGGGUAGGGCACAGUAAAUGUACAGAUAACAAGGCAAAGUCGUGCUUUUCUAAGAACACACAACACUCUAGAUGUGCCUGAAGAGGAGCCGGGGCUGCGGGCUCUUGGUAUAAGAGACUCAGUCACCGGCACCAGGAGAGGGGACUUUGAUAACCAACACGAUUUGUCAGGUUUAAAAAUAAGGUCUUUCUGUGUAUUGACUCAUGUAAAAUGCUAGAAGCAAUUCCAUGGGUGAGGUUACUGUCUUUUCCCCUGGUUUACAGAUGAGGAAACUGAGGCAGGGAGAGUGAACUUUGGCAAUUAGCAAUUCUUUCUUACAUCCGUUCUAAUCAGACUCUAGAGAAAAAAAGAGUUGGCACUACCUACUCUACCUGGGUAGCUCUUACCACAUCCCAGUGACGUGUGGCUGCCCACAGUGAUCAGCCCUCCUCCAGCCUCCGACGGCCUGGACACAACUUGGUUCCCUGAGCUUUCUUGAUGGGCAUGCAUCAUCAAGCUUCCAGAAGACCACAUGCUUUAGAUUGCCUCCCUUCUCACUGGUCACUCUGACAUGCCUGAAGUCACCAUGAAUCAGAAUUGACCCAAUAAGCCUGAAGGCUGCCAUCGUCAUUCAGCAGGAUCAUGCCCAUCCUCCAGGAUCAACCCUGCCACCUUCCAAUUUAGCCCCAUGUUCUACCCAGAGUCAUUUUUUUGAAAACACAAAUCUAAUUAGGACACUCGGAGGCCCAGGGCAGCUCAGUGACUUACCUCUAGGUCUCCUAUCAUGGUGGUGGAGCAUUCCUGGCCUGGUGCCUGGGUGGAUGAAUUUGGUGGCUGGCUCCCUGUGGGCUGCAGUGAGAGAAGCACAGCCAUGAGGGGAGGCUGGUGUCUUGGCUUUUAGGCCUAUUCCUCGGGUAUUUGGUGUGGCGAUUCAGAAAAUUGGAUAGAUUUCAUCAGCUCUAGUUUUCAUAGAUAUGGGGUUUUAGAAUAUUUUCAGAUUUUAAAUUACCCUAAAUUAUUAAUUUAUCAUCCUACAUUUAAAUAUGAGAAGAAGUCAGACCCUGAAAAUAGUAGGAUAAGACAAAAGGCAAAUAUUUUAAAAGGAGUAGUUAUUAAGGGACUUCCGAGGGAAGGUGUAUGAAGAUCCAUGGUGGCUAGUAGGUUACACAUUGAGCUGCCGACCAUAAGGUCAGUAGUUGAAAUCCACCAAUCACUCU